AUGGGAAAAGGUAAUAAUAAUUUAGUAAAGUUGGGUGAUUUCACAAUUACGUCAAUUUCUGAUCCGGGUGGCAAGCCUGUUUCAGAAGAUUUAACAUUUGGUAUAGAUGAAUUUUUAUUACCAAAAAAGUCAAAGCAAAGAUAUAAUAAUAAAUCCAAAUCAACAAAUUCACAAAUAAAUAAAUCCAAUAAACAAUCCAAUAAUAAUAAUAAUAAUAAUAAUCAUAAAACUUUUUCCAGAACAGAAAUUGAACAGCUUUUCUCUUUUAAUUAUAAGAAAGAUAUUAGAGACAUAGCUGAGGAAUAUAUUCAAGAUAAGAAUAGUAAUACAGAAGAAAUGGAACAAGAAAUAGAAGUAGCAGAAGAAGAUUCCGGAGAAGGUGGAAGCAAUGGUUUAACAGUAAAGGAUUUUGAAUAUAUUAGUACAGAAAAAGAAGAAGAAGAAGAGAAAGAAAUGGAGUUAAAGAAUAGUAAUAAUAUUGUAGAUAGUAAUAAUAGUAAUUUUGAAGAUGUAGUUUUAGAAAUCGAAGAGGAAGAAGAGGAAGAAGUUUUAAGUUUUAGUGUAAAUAGUUUUUUGGAUAAGUGUGAUUUUGAAGACAGUUGGGAAAAUGAAUUUUUUGGAGUAAAGUUUGACGGUGAACAUUUGAGACACUGCAACAAAAAUAAGAAGGAUAGAAUUAAGAGAUUCUUUGAAAGCUCAUACCUGAGUAAGAAGGAGUCCGAUCAACGUGCAUGGAUGUCAAGAUACUUCUCCACAGUCAAAGGUGGUGAGCCAUUGCGUCAACAAGAGAGAUUGAACAGAACUUUUAAGCCAAGCCAAGAUCAAACCUACGAAAAGGAGUUGCAGGCUGCCAUGUCAAUGUCCGCCGCUGAAUAUGACCGUACCGUUGGAAGAUCACUUGCCGUCACAACACUUACUCAACGUCAAAUUAACGAUUUGCUCAACCGUGAACUUACCCCAGAAGACUAUGAAUUGCUACUGCUUUUGGACAACUCAGUCAAGCCAAAGACCACCCCAAAGGAAGUUUUGAGAACAUUGCCAACCGUAAAGUUCUCGCUUUCCAACACCAAUCACUCCAAUUGCGAUACAUGUAUGGUUUGUCUCAACGAAUUCAAUCCAAACGAAACCGUUACCAAUCUACCUAAAUGCAAUCACAUUUUCCAUGGUGAAUGUAUUAACAAUUGGUUGGCAAACUCUUCAAGAAAUUGUCCAAUCGAUGGACUGCCUUGUUUUGAUUGCUGA